CUCAUUGACGACAUCACUUCGAUGCUUGACCAACCUCCGAACCUUGUCAUUUUUUCAUUGCCGACUUAUUGAUGAUGGUAUCUCUGUUAUCGGAGCAUUAGAGAACCUGGAAAUUUUGAGGUUUGGCGACUCUUAUAUCAAGGAAUUGCCAAAAGAAAUAAUAGGUCACCUUGCUCACUUGAAGGUACUUGAUUUGUUGGGAUGUGUAGUGGAAAGGAUUUACCCAGGGGUUUUGUCAAGCUUAUCAAAGCUAGAAGAGUUGUAUGUUGGGUCUAUAUUUCGAAGUUGGUGUGAAGUUGAAGAAAACAAAGAAGGUGCUAAAGCAAUUAUCGAUGAGCUGGCGUCCUUGUCCAAUUUGGUGGCUUUGGAUAUUGAUCUAAUAAACAUUUCCUUCUGGCCGAGAGGUUUGGUCAUUGAGAAGUUGAAAAGGUUCAAUAUAUGCGUUGGUUUUGGAUUUCACUAUUACACCCCUUUAUGUUAUCCUUUGUUAUCAAAUCAGUUGCAGCUUGAAGUUGAAAACAUGAGUGCCAUUAUUGAAAUGAGGCUUAAUUUUCUGUUGAAGAGCACUGAAAUUCUGACUUUAAACUCAAGUGUAAAAGGUUUGAAAAUUCUCUGUGAUUUGGUCGGCGAAGGUGGUUUUGAAUGCUUAACGUAUUUGUCACUAGAUAAGUUGUAUGAUUUGGAAUACCUCAUCAAUACAGCAGAUGGGGUUCCACAGAGUGCUUUCCCUGUGUUAGAGUUUCUGCAUCUUCGUGAGCUACAUAAUUUCAAAGGGAUUACUAGUCAUGAAUGCCGACUACCGAACAAGGCUUUCAGUGCAUUGAAAGUGUUGAAAAUAGAAGACUUGCCUCAACUGACAAAUUUGUGGAAGGGUCCCACCCAACUUGUAUGGCGCGGCAACCUGACGACUGUACGAGUUCAUUCUUGUGGUAAACUGGAAAGUAUGUUCUCACUUUCCAUAGCUAGAGAUCUAGUGCAACUGCAGCACUUUGAGAUAUGGAAUUGUCCUAUGAUGGAAGAAAUUGUUUCGAGUGGAGGAGUAGAGCAUGAAAUAGCAGCAAUAGCAACAGAUAAAAUCGAGUUUCCUAAACUAAAGAAAUUGAUUCUUCGAGGCCUUCGAAGUUUCAUUGCUAUCUGCAAAGCCAUGAAUGCAAUUGAGCUGCCACAACUGAGUUCCUUGGCACUGUUUGAUAUGCCAAAGCUGAAGCGUCUCUGUCCUGCUUCAGAUUCAGAGAGUAAUUGUGAUCCCAUCAUUCAACCCCUCUUCAACGACAAGGAUAAAUUGGCUACAAUUGAAGAAUUAACCAUCUGUCGCAUGGAGAAUCUGAUGGAAAUUUGGCCUGGGGAACUUCAAGCUAAACUAAGAGAGAUGAGAGUUAAAUGUUGUCAUGGGCUCUCAAAUAUUCUUUUUCCAUCCAAUUCAAUUAAGGGCAUGCAAAAUCUUGAAGUACUUGAAGUGGAGGACUGUCGAUCUAUUGGAGUAGCCUUUGACCUUGAAGGACUUGUUUGGGAAGACGGCAUAUCAGAUAUGGUACCCCCUUCAUUAAAAUAUGUGGAAUUAAGCCAUCUACGAAAGUUGACACAUGUUUGGAAGGACAAUUCACCAGGAAUUCAAGGCUUUCAGAAUCUAAGAUCCUUAAUAGUAAAUGAUUGUGAUGGUUUGAGAAAUCUAUUCUCAUACUCUCUAGCCAAACUUCUUGUAAAACUACAAGAAAUAGAGGUAACUGAAUGUGGUAUGAUGGAAUCAAUCAUUGGAAAUGAACCAAAUGCAGAUGAUGCAGCGAUAACAAAUGUGAUCAUGUUCCCUUAACUGACUAGUCUCAAACUCAGUGAUUUGCCAAAUCUUAGUAGUUUCUGCUCUGAGGCUUGUACGUUUGAGGGAUCAUUGUUGAAAACAAUGGAAGUAAUCAAGUGUCCCAAAAUGAAGAUACUCCCAUUAGCAUUUUAGCGCAAGCUAGAGCAACAACAAAAGGCAGACUUUUCAACCUCGUCUCAACUCCAUCUCUUGGAUCGAAAGGUACGUUAAUUAACUUUAAAAUAUAGCAUUCACCGUUAAUUAAUUAUCAAUUCCUGCAAAGAAAAAUGGAUGGCAAAUGUGUGUUUUUGAAAAUAGACCAACGAUUUGUUGGAAAAAA